ACUUGUGUUUGCGAGACGCAGCUGCGCCCGAGCCCUUACGUCAGCGCGGGGCGCGAGCAGCGGCGCGCAGCCUCGCCGAGCCCCGUGCCGACAGGAGGCCGCGCGUGCUCUGAGAACGCCGCCGCCAGUGGCACAACGGCGAGCGCCUGUCCCGCGCUGGUUACACCGCCCAAACGUUUGCGGCAUAUACCGAAGGGCUGCGACUGCCGCUACCACGCUGUCGUCCGAGCGCAUCGUCGCUUCCGUCCGAGGGCUGUAAGGACGGCCCUUGUGACGCUGCUCUCGGGAAGACCAUUGUGAUCCGAUUUCGUCGAAAUUUAUUUGCUUUUGUGCUAAAGUGGCCAUGGCUGUGCACUGUUGAGCACCAGGUUGCGAGUGCUCUUAUGGAGGCGGAAUACAAAAACGGCCAUGUGCGGAUAUUUGGAUGCACGUUACAGAACUCCAUGUGGUCGAAACUAAUCCGGAGCCCUCCACUGAGCACAGCUGCCAGCAGCAUGGAGCAGCCUCCCAUGCUGUCCCCGGCCGCGGAUGAGCCGUGCAAGCAGCAGCAGCUGCAGCAGGCCGAGAUGCAGCAAGCGCCCCCGCCGGUCCCACCUCUCCAGCAGCAGCGGCGGUCGUCUUCGCAGCCAUCAAACGGCCAGGCGAACGGCAAUGGCGACAUGUGUCGCAUCUGUCACUGCGAGGCGGAUCCGGACAACCCACUCAUCUCGCCCUGCUACUGCUCAGGCAGCCUGCGCUACGUGCACCAGGCUUGCCUCCAGCAGUGGAUCAAGUCGUCGGACACCCGGUGCUGCGAGCUGUGCAAGUUCGACUUCAUCAUGCACACAAAGAUUAAGCCUUUCCGUAAGUGGGAAAAGCUGGAGAUGUCAUCGGUGGAGCAGCGCAAGGUGCUGUGCUCCAUCACGUUCCACGUUGUGGCCAUCACUUGCGUGGUUUGGUCGCUGUACGUGCUCAUCGACCGGACGGCUGAGGAGAUGCGCGAGGGCAACCUGGACUGGCCCUUCUGGACCAAGCUCAUCGUGGUCGCCAUCGGUUUCACCGGGGGCCUCGUCUUCAUGUACGUCCAGUGCAAGAUGUACGUGCAGCUAUUCCGCCGCUGGAGGGCCUUCAACAGGGUCAUCUACGUCCAAGACGCGCCCGUGCCGGACAAGGGUGCCGCGCUGCCCACGGCCGCCGACCUGUCGCCGCCGGUCACGGUCCAGGGCACAACGUCCUCCAAGCGGCCGCCGCCCGCCAACGCCUGUGCGCCGCUUCACGACGGCCCCACCGAGAUCACCGUCGCCAAGGACUCCAGCCCUGACACGCCUGGACCUGACGAGCCCCGCGCCACCAGUUGAGCGCUGCUCGCCGCCGGUUUCCUUGUGAUAAACAUUCUGGCGCCUUGCGCUCCGUGUAUAUAGCAGUUUGCGUGUGUGUGUGUGUGUGUGUGUGUAUACAGGUCACGGCGGUGCCCCUCCCACCCGGGACAAACAACGGGACCUGGCGCGGUCCACGAGCGGUGUGACUGCUUCUGCGCAGUUGUCUCGGUGCUCGUUCAGAUGACUUUGUGGCCAGCAUCGAGGCCGCGAGCAUGUAACUUUCGGUUUGUUCCAGUCGUGUGCACUCCUCGUUUUUGUUGUAGCUGACUGCUGUUCGCUUCUCUCUUUGACGCGGGUGUUAAGUACAUUUGCUUAGAUUUUGAAUUUUGUCAUGUCUUUAGAGAACUGCUGCAAUUGUCCCACUUCGAUGUCAGCUAGUCUUGGGCCAUACUCCGCCGCAGAAAUUCUCAGCCUCGUCGCAAAGCAAUAGGCUACGGAUACAAAAACAAAGCCUAUAGUUUUGCGAUGGAUAUUUGUUUUCGUGGGGCGAACUGUCGGCUAAGGCAGGGUGUGAGCCAUAAAUGGUGCUUUCAACAACUACGUACGUACAAGCCUGCUUGGCUUCAGGCAUCACUUUGGACUGGCUGUCAACCUUUUGACAUGUCUCAAGUGACACGAAAACUACUUCAUCGACUAGAGGUCUACAGGUUAUAUUUUCCUGGUUAAUUGAUUGCAGUGUAAAACCAAGGAUGGUGAAGCUAACGUUAGAGCUGUUCGGAGUUAUUCGCGAUAGGCAAAGGCCUAUUUUUGUUUUCCGAGCGUAGGGACAGCUGUCGCCGACUUGGUAUUAAUGUUACUUGCAUGUCUUCUUUACUUGUCGUGUUGUUGCAAAUAGCUCUGAAUAUAGGUGUCAUGAGCUUCCAAAGUUAUUUGAAUUAGUACAGUUUACUCUAGUUCGAGCUUGCGAGAUUUCUCCUUGCCUUCCUUUUUUUUUUUGCUCUUUUAUUACUUUGUUUUCGUACGCAGUCAAAUGUAUUCGUCAAGCUGCGAAACACGUGAUGUUUUACUUUUUGCGCAAGGCUAUAACUCUGAUCUAACUCCGACUGCCUCAUUUUCCCUUCCGUUUCUUUUCCCGAGUUCUCUGGAGAGGUUCUUGUUAAUUUAGAAUAAUUGGCGGCAUACAACACAAGCAAGCAACUUAAGUGCAAAGAAGCAUCCGCACAUGACGUCAAGAUAUGCCACAAGGGUGCCAAGCGCUGUUGGAAAGUAUAGGACGUUGCGUGUUCCCACCCAUUUCUACCACAAUAUUUCUUUUUCUAUAAAAUGUUGUCGAUUUUCGGUUUCUGCUCGCUUCGACAACGCCUGACGUACGUUUCGGUCGCCGCAAGGUCCUCCAGUCUUUCUUAAAAGCGCAUCUCUAGAGCGGCUCAGUCAUAGAGAACCUUCAUCUCAUAAUGCAAUCAGAGGCUGGCGCCUCAUAAUCAAUUCACAAGGGCGAAUUUCUUCCUAGCUUACCGUCGCACACGUCUGCUUGUUUCCUAAUUUUUUGGGGUAUGUGUAAGUCUGAGCUUUUAGACAAGAGAGCAGCCGUCGAGCACUGCGAGUGCGCAGAAACGUAGGUCUUGUCUGAAGUAGUUGGUGGUGCGUCUUGCUUACCUGGAAACAACGGAACCAGCGUUCACGCAGCCUUGCGCCGUGCCCUGCUCUUGUUUUUUUUUUUUUUUUCUGCGCGCUUUCGGGCUGUUUCCAGAUUUGCAAAUAAGCACACGAGUUUUCUGGUGUGUCAGUUCGAUGCUACCGCAGUGUUCCGGAAACUCACUCGCGCUUAUGCCAUCACACAUUGCGUGCCUAGCAGCGCAGUGUUCUGCAAUUGAGGGCCAUUAGGACGAUAUUCGUAUGUCGAAACUUUCGCGUAAAGAGGCAUAAAAGGAUGCGAAAAAAUAAGACUGGAAUGGUAUACAUGGUGCAUGCUUAGGCAUAGUGAGAUUUCCGCAUACCAAUCCUAAUGUGAGUGCAUCUUCUGCACGUGGCGACAAGAGGUGAACUGCGGCGUACCAGUGGUGCCGAGAGGAAGCUUGCAACGGUGUGAGGUGCGGGCUUAUAUUGCGCUACAUUGGCGCAUACUGUGAACUAUACCGCUGCUCAGCCCUUGGGCUGGGUAUGGGUGAUCGAACAGCGUGGCUGAAGUGCCAACAGUGCUCCAAGUCAAAUGUUAUCACUUUCCCGCGCUUUUGCAGUUUGCAUAUAUGCAAGCUGACUCCAGCGACGUGUAAAGUGAGGACCAUAGUGUGCAGUUGCGGUUUUAUCCCUUCAUUACCAUUAUUUAUGGGUCUCACUGUACCUGGAGUAUUGUGUGAACGCAGAAGAAAAGCUUACUGUUCAUUUCUUUUGUUUUUCAAGCAAAAAAAAAAACAAAAGAAGGGAAAUACUGGCACUGCCGCCUUUUGAGUUUCUCACUGCGCAUUUUGUCAGACUGGCAUACUUCGUUCCAUACAGCGAUCGCUUCAGGGUGAAGAUGGAUGGGUGUAUGCUAUCGAGGCGUCCAGUAAAAUACCAGUCUUAUAGUUGUGCCAUUGGAAUUUAAACCAAGUACAACUGUAGUCACUCUCCAUAACUUGUAAGACUCCUGUGUAAGUGUUGCUGAUAUCAGUGUUUCUCUCCUUUUUGUUACACAGCUGCCUUUCUGCGUUUGUUCAGGCGAUAACGCAGGCAUCUUGCCAUAGGAAACAGCCGCGCCUUAGCUGCCCAAGAAGUGUGCUUAUUCAUAAAACUUGAAUUAUGGAACGUUCAAUUGCCAACCAUUCUACAAACUGUGUGUGAUUUAGUUAUUUUUCCUUAUUGCUAACAUAAGUGAUAUUCAGCGCAGCACUGUUUACCGUAGCGAAGACCUCUGCAGCAAGGUGUACAUUUUCAGCAUAAGAAUUAGGAAGUUAUAGGCCGAAGUACAGUUGCCAAAUAGUUACGGCGAACACAAAUGUAAGCAACACAGUAAGUUACGCGCAUCAAGCAGAUGUAACAUAAGUAGCUGUGGCGCCCAUUGCCACGGUUUCUAGAGUCCACCUAAGGUAUUAAAAGCGGAGUGUUGAGUCUUUUCGUAUUUAUACAAGCAACGUUCGACUAAAGGUGAUACAGAGUGUUAUGCUUGCUUCUUAACAGGCUGGGCAACGUCUUAGGAAAUUAUUGCACUCCGCAGUCUUUCGCUUUGCCAGCCGGCUCCAAGCGAAGCUAUUGCAGUAAGGCGUGUUCAAAAUUCUUCGCAAUGGAAAAUGAGUGUAAAUCUACAUAGCAUUUGAAACAAAGUGCAUGUGUAAAUAAGCAGCUUACCCUUAGUUUCUGUGGGGGUUAUUAGAGAGAUGCGCCUUUGUCUCCACGAUAAGCUGUUUUCUCAGAAAACGCCAGGGAGUCAUUCAUACUUUUUCUCCGUUCCGAACAGGGUGGCAUUACUAAUGUCCGCUACGUAAAAAUAUUUGGCCGAAAGCUACUGUGUAGACGUGGCCUGUGAACUGAGUCCACGGCACGUCCAAGUACAACCACAGCCGAGUGCAAUCAACGCAUUUAUGAAUGAAGCAAGAACGGUGAUUAAGGAAACAUGAUAUUGCGGAAUCCAAGAACAAGCAGGGUUUAUAAAGCAUGUUUGGCGUUCAGCAUAUUCGUGCGGCUUGAGCACGCAGUAUACUAUUUCGCAAAUCCGUGCAUUCUUGCUCGUAGAAGCGGUGCACACGACGGUCAAAUAACCGCGGUAUUUCUAUUAUCACAUGUUUCCACCAUACUGUGGUCAAAUGAAACGCUAACAGCGAAACAAACGGCACGCUUUGAGCUGCUCAGAUGGCCGUGGAGGGUAACCACCCAGUCCUCAAGUGCGUGUGCUCACGUUUCGUUUCAUUGUUGCCGCGCGUGCAUCUGAGAUGAAAGUCUAUUCUCGUUGGUGUCGUAUUUUUCCACUGCUGUACACCACCACCUUUGUUUAAUAUCGGAAGUAUAUGCGUCACCAUUGGACUUCAGGUCCGUGCGUGCAGCACAAAGAACACUCGCUGCAGUGCGAGAAGGCAGCAUGUUUAACGCUCAGUCGUAACGCUUUUAUUUUUGCUCAUCAAUUGCAACGGGUCCGACUUCUACAGCACUCUCAAGGCCGGCCUUUGAACAGCAUUUCUGGGCCUGGAUGUCAAUACUGUUAUUGCGUGUUUAGUAGUAAUUUCUAUGCCCGUGGCAACCAUUGGCGUUUCUCUUGCCUGUACGUGGAGCUGGGUGCGAAGAGUGCCCUCUACUUUGCCUGGUGUGCCGGGACUAAAGGAAAUGGGCCUUGCUGUGCCGUAAACGGCCACUGCUUGAUAGUGUGUGUGCCGAACAUCGUUUGUGCCAAAUGUGAGAUGAUUUUCCUGUUUGUUCGUAAGAGUUAGUUAACGGUAACUUUCGCCGGCGCUUGUGCGCAGGCUACAAAGCAGAGGCCACGUGCGCUUGAUUACUAGGCUCUGGUGACGAGCCUGCACUUUUUUUUUAUCACAGGUAGCCACUGAAAAAGCUCACUGCUUUACUGUAGAGGACGCCUUUUCCUUUUUUUCUUCCGCUACGAGUGAACCUUUCAGCUCUUACUGUACGUGUAUACAUGUGGACGCGUAAGGACACUGUCUGUAAAUAAAUGGUGUCACCGUUUCUUAUUCUGGGAGAUAGAAGCGCGCACGGCGCAUAUGGCGCACACGCACAGCACACAUUCACACACUCGCGAGCCCACGGGACAUGCAGCGACUCUCGUCGUCGGGAUCGCACGUUCACACCGGCGAGUCGCGGACGUUGCGCGACUGUCUUCAAAGCGACGGCCGCAAAUGGUCGCUCUGGUCGAAAGGUGGCCUGUUUUGGGUCAGUCGUUCGCCACUCGGUUUUUCCGUCAUGCGACUGGAAUCGUAAAGAUGUCGAGUCAAUAAGCGUACGACGCAUCAGGACGUUGUGUAACGAGGGCAGUUAUUUUACAAGCUAAUCGUGUAAACGGAUGUGCAUGCACCGCUACAGCCACCUUUUCUUUGCCAUGGACCGCGCUGCCGGAGCUGACACCUUCGCGGCACAUAUGCGCUCAGUUGUAGCAAGAUUAUCACCAAAUGCGUCAACAGAGCCCGGUAAUAAAUCAGCUAAAAGCAGCACGAGGCAGGCAUACGCGUGAUAGCAGACGCUGGCUCGCGUGUGACUUUAGUUAUAUUGGACUAAAUUGUAUAAAUUUUUGGCAAACGGGACGCAAGUAGGGCCUCUGUUGGUGUCCUCUUUGUGCUCUUUCAUCAGGAGCACGCAAACUUGUUCGGUCCGAAAGCAGGCGUGAAAGGGUGUAGGAGUGUUGCUAACAGGUUGCGCUUGCCGGUGUGAACGUUUCUCGCCACAAAUAAAGCCCCUAUAUAAGCUAUGUGGGGGGGGACAAAAUCAAGAGAGUUCACUAUCAGGACCAAGGCGAAAAUAAUGCAUCCAUGGACAUUAGUCGCGAGUCGCUCCUUGCUCGCCAGUGUGAGUGCAACUUCAGGCAGUAACCGUGCCACAGCGUGCACGCUCUCCACAAGGCGCACUGCGCUGCUUGCGUUUCGCAGCUUGCGUCUCUCCUGGCCAUGCGCUGCCUGGACCUCUGGACGCCUCGCUUCGUUUCAGUUGCUGCAGCUUUCACCAAUCUGCCGUGUGUGUCUCCCUCUAUAACACCCCCCCCCCCCCCCCCCUUGCCGCCGAGCAACCUUGUUUCUGCUUCGCGGCAGUUGUACGCCCAAAUAAGCAUAUUUAUUUGCCAGUCUUUUCUUGUUUUAUCCAAUGACCGCACACACUAAAAGGAGCAGAUUUGCGACGUGCGCAAGUGCCAUUCUCACAUGCUGGUCGCUUCCAGGAAUGAGCGCAAAUUUCUGGACGUUUGUUAUUGUUGGCUCCGUUUUGAAAAGCGAACAAGUGCCUUUUUGGUUCGUUUUUGGACUGUUGUUAUGUUUCUGGAGUGGCAAACACGUUGCACACCUGUACGCAAACAGAAAUACACAGCUGUGUUGAGGGCGUUCGGCUUGGAACACUCGUUUGAAAAAUAGAUUCAAAUUAAAUUCAGUUUAAAAGCCUGA